AUGUUAGUCAGAACUGUAUUAAUUUUCCUUGUGGGUUCACUCAGCCUUUUUACAGACGCCAUGGCCCAAGAUUUCUCGGCCAACGUCACAAGGGUUCUCAACAGCCUCUUAUCCAUGUCUUACGAUCAGAGAAUAAGGCCAGGAAUUGGCGGUCCACCCACCAAAGUGAUGUGUAACAUGCACAUUAAGAGUUUGGGACCCGUAUCAGAAAACGAAGAGACCUAUUCUCUGGAUGUAUACUUCAGGCAAACAUGGUUUGAUCGUCGCCUUGGAUUUUCUUUUCCGGGAAUCGAGGAGUUCUCCAUGUCUUGGCUUUUCAUGGAGAAGAUCUGGAAACCAGACACCUUCUUCCUCAACGGUAGGGGUUCGGAGCUCCACAGUAUCACUAGUCCCAAUAAAUUUGUUAGGCUGAGAGAAGAUGGUUUUCUAAGCUCCUCAAUAAGGCUGACAAUAUCAGCGGAAUGCAAAAUGCAUUUAAGAAAAUUCCCGCUGGAUUCACAGAAAUGCUCGUUGAUCAUCGGAAGUUAUGCUUAUACCUCUGAGGAUCUUCAGUACAAUUGGGAUGAGAAAGGUGUCACAAUAGAGAAGGGGGUAGAAAUGGCACAGUACGAUGUCGUCAACGUAUCAAUUGUCUCUGCGAAAACAACAAUUAGAGGAAGAGAUCCACACUCCAUCAUUGAGGUCACAUUUCACUUCCGGCGUUCGAUUGGCUACUUCAUGCUCCAGAUUUACGUCCCUAUCACUCUUGUAGUCUGCAGCUCCUGGAUAUCGUUUUGGCUUGAUCCACUGGAUUCCGACAGUCGCAUAGAUCUCGUGGUUACUAUUGUCCUCACUAUCACGACGUUAGCCCUUGAGGGCAGAGCCGAUCUUCGAGUCUCCUACGCAACGGCCCUCGAUUGGUACAUUAUAAUCUGCUUCGCCUUCGUCUUCGCGGUCAUGAUUGAAUAUGCAGUAAUUAACUUUUUAAACAAAUUGGCAACGGACAUUCAGAAAAUAAUCGAUGAAGAGUCCCGAAGAAAAUCUGAAUUGGAAGAGCAACAAAAACUGAGGAAGGAAAAGAGCUUCGAAGCAGAAGACGAAUUUGAAGAAAUAGACUUCCACCCUGGAGCCCCUCUCAGGCGUUCCCACUCUCUGCCUGCAGAUCUAGCUUCAGAAGCCAUCAGAGAGGAUACGUGGUUACCGAUAAGCCCAGAAACAUCUUCAAGUGCUAAAUCAUCGAUGUUCUCUUGGUACAAGAAGUUCUACAGGAGAACACUUUCAGCCACAUUGAAGUUCUGGAAGAGCUUCAACAUCUUACCCAACCAUCGGGGACGGCUACUGGAGAAAGGAUUCAGCCAGAUAGACAUAGUUGCCCGAAAAGCAUUCCCGAUAGCUUUUGCUGUCACUGUUGCCACGUAUGGCGUCCUCUAUGCCUACUACAUAACCGACGGAAGGGAUGAUGAUUGA